CAGGGUGCGCCGAUAAAUCGCUACGCGCACGCGAUCUCGCGCUUUUCUGAUCUCUCUCUCUCUCAUCACAAACCCGCACUUCCUCCUGCACCUCCGGUGGCCUGGUCUCCGCCCGGCUCCGGCCGCCGCUCGCCACCAUUGGGUACAGCCAUGGACGCCGCCAAGCACCCGCACAUGCAGGGGGGCGCGUCCUCCUCGUUGUCGUCCUGCCGCGCCGCCGACUACUCCGCCGCGUGUGACGCCGUGCAGCAGCAGAAGCGGCAGCGCUGCCAGAGUAUGACGCGAGGGUUUUGGCAAAAGCUCCGUUCUUUGGGUUGGAAGAUUUCGUACACGGGUUCUUCUUCUAAUGAUCAAGUUGGAUCUAGCACAGAAAAUAAUUCUCUCCAAGCAUCUGGACCUGAGCUUGACUAUGGAGAAAAUGAGGAAGAAGAUUACUAUUUUGAUGAUGAAGAUGAUGGCUGCUACGAUGAUGAGGGAUCUGACUAUGAGCUUGACAUAGUUGAUUAUAAUCAACAGCUGGCUGAUAAAUUUGAUGAUUUAGAUCUGCCUCCAGGUGUGGAGGCUACCGUACCAUGGUUGCAGAAAGUUGAAAGGGAUGAGCCUGGCAAAUAUAAGUCAAUGUCAGAAAUAGACGAUGAAAUUGCUAAGAAAUAUAAUUUUUUCAAGCAGUUUGAUACUGUUGAGGAUUUCUUAGAUCAUCAUUAUGCUAAAAAUUCUGUUGGAAAGGCUAGGAAAGAAUGGGCAAAAAGAAUCCAGCAUGACUGGAAUCUCCUGGAGAAAGAUUUACCAGCAUUAAUAUAUGUUCGUGUCUCGGAAAAUCGAAUGGACCUUCUCAGGGCUGCAAUGAUUGGGCCUCAAGGAACACCCUACCAUGAUGGCCUUUUCUUCUUUGAUGUUCAGUUUUCUGCGUCUUAUCCUGCAACUCCUCCAGUGGUAUACUAUCAUUCUGGAGGGCUACGGCUUAAUCCAAAUCUAUAUAAUUGUGGAAAAGUCUGCCUUAGCCUCCUAGGCACCUGGGAGGGUCAUUCUUGUGAGAAGUGGAACCCUGCUCAAUCUACCAUGCUACAGGUGCUAAUCUCCAUUCAAGCUCUCGUAUUGAAUGAAAAGCCAUACUUCAAUGAGCCAGGGUACGAACGCUCUGCCAAUAGUGCUGAGGGACAGAGACGCGCCUUGGAGUAUAAUGAUACAACGUUUCAGCACUCGUGCAGGACGAUGUUAUACUCACUUCGUAGACCUCCACAGCACUUUGAAGACCUUGUUGCGGGCCACUUUCGUGAACGUGGCCGUGCCAUUCUGGCUGCAUGCAAAUACUACAUGAAGGGCCAUGAGGUUGGAUCCAGAGUCCCUGAGGAGGAAGAGGAAGGCAAGGAAGAGAGCAAAAACAGUGAAGGAUCUAGCAGUAGUAGUGCAGCGAAGCCGCAGCAUAAUAAGCUAGCAUUGCGCACUGGUCACGGUCCAUCCUUCAAGCCCAACCUGGAGGUCCUUUUUGAGGAGCUCUUGAUGGAAUUCAAUGUGAAGGGUGCUGACACUGCAAAAUUCCGUGCUGAGAAACUGAAGAACCAGCCCGCCCCUGCUUGAAAGGGAGCUGCAGAUUUUCUCUAAGUCUGGAGGUUCCAUAAUGAAGUGGAAACCAUAUAAGGACGUUGGUUUCGCUUUUGCCUAAUUAUAGGAAUGCUACGUAGAUAGCUUUUUGUUCUUUCUUUCUCUUUACCGUACUUGUUUGCUAUGGACUUGUAAAAAAAACUGGAUUAUCUUAGAUGCUAAUUGAAGUAUCCAUCCCUAA